AUGCCAUUCAUUGGUGCUUCGAAAAGUUCACACGAUCUAUUCGAUAAUUUAAAAGCGAAACAUUCGAUUUCUGCAAAAUCUUUUGAACCUACUUCUCAGCCAAUAUUAACUCCUAUAGUAACUUCGGACUUUACAAGAGAAGAAAGUGCUUCUCCAUCACAACAUGAAGCCACUCCAACUUCAGAUACUCCACCACUUUUAGAUAAUAAUGAUUCAUUACAUCUUUCUAAUAAAUCUACACAUGCCUAUUCGUAUAACCCAUUAUCCCCUAAUUCCCUAAGCGUACGACUUAAUAUCUUGAAAAGAUCUCUGGAGAUCUUGAUCUCAAAUCCUAACUUAUUGGUAGCGCCAACUGACGGUUCUGUAGUUCAUACAAGACAUUUAGGUGAAUAUAUACCGAAUAAUUUUAUUCAUAAUCAUAAAAAGAGUGAUCCGAUUUCUAGAAAUUUAAAUAAUGCAAUAAAUUCAAAAUUAAAUGCCCAUUCAGCUGCAUUACAGGCAUUUGUAAUAAAUACAAAUUGUUGUUCUCCAGGUUCACCUGAAGCUAAUAAAGAUUUCGAUUACGCUGUAGUAGAAAAUGCAUACGAUCAACAAUUAAAUGAUUCAAAAUUUAAUCCAGUAAGAAAAACAAAUUUAAGAAGAGCCAGCUCAUUACAUAGUCUUGCUUCUCAUUUAAAACAAAAGAUUAAAAGGGAUGCUCAGGCAAAUGCCUCGAGCACAACUACUACUGUUAAACAUCCUCAUUUUUUAACUUCAAAUCCAAAGGGUCCUUUUCCAGUAUCUGCUCCCAUUGCUAAUAAAAGAAGAACAAAAACUUUGGGUGCUGCAGAUAAUCAAAGUAUCAUGAACGGAAUCAAAUAUUUAAAUAUUCCUGAUUCAGCGAACCGUGAUUCUACUUCCAGCAUGGAUGAUAAAACUUUACGUCAUUCACUUGGGGAGAUUAUGGAUUAUUCAAAUAAUUAUUCUCCUUAUGUAAGUGACAGGGAAAGUUCAAAUUCAUCAUCUGUAAAUGAUGAAUUAUUACAAUUUGAAAAAGAUAAUUUACAAAAUCUAUUGAAUUUAUUAAAUGAUACCCUUGAUAACAAUUCAGUAGAAAAUGCUUCUAAUUUACAUACAAUAUCAUUAUUUAAUAUGAACAAAUCACUUUUGAAGACUUCAAAAACAGAAUUAAUUGGAGAGUUUGAAGAAAAAGAUUCUAUAACUACAGUAAAUUUGAAAAGAAUUCUUUUAGAUUCUCUAGCAGUGCCAUUUUUUCAACAAAAUUGUCCCACAAAAGAUGAAAACUCAGAGUCAACCUCAAGAACAAGAUCAAGAACAAGAGCUUUUACCCAACGUACAAGAGUUCAAACUCAAGCUUCGCCCGUAGAUGAUAAUGCUGGAUUAUGUUGUAUUGAUGACAAUUGUACAAGUUUACCAGAUUAUAUUAGAUCUCUACACAUUUUUACUUCAGGAAAGAAUUCUUCACAUCAAGCAAUUUUCACUUGUGAAUUAGAUAAUCCUUGGAAAUUCAGAGCAGCAAAUGAUUUAGCUUGUUUGAUAUUUGGUAUAUCAAAUAAUACUAUGAAAUGCCUUUCCUUAUUAGAUGUACUACAUCCAGCAAGUAGAUAUUUUGUUAUGAAUAAAAUACUAACCACAAAAAAUCAAGAUGUACCAUUAACAGGUGAAAUUGUUUCUAUUAUUCAACCUGGCAGUGAUGGUGAUCCAAACCAAAUCACACUUUGGGCUUCCUUAUGGGCCAAGAGGAAAAAUAAUAUGCUGGUUUGUGUAUUUGAGAAAGUUCCUUGCGAUGAUGGGGUUUUAUUAUUGAAUAAAUCUACUUUUAAUAUCGAAAAGGCAAUUUCAGGUUCUGAAUUAUUUUAUCCUUGUGCAGAAAAAACUUUUUGUACAUUGGAAGAUAAAAAUAAAAUUCCAGCACUUUCUGAUUUAAGUCACUCUUUAUCCAAACUGAUUAAUGAUGUUAGACAAGGAAAUUUAGACACAAAAGAUGAUGAAUUAUUAUCUGAAGAGAUGAAAGUUUCAAAAUACAUCAAUGAUAAGAGAUACUUCACUUUAAAUCAUUUAUCUUCAAACAUUCCAUGUGCUAUUGCUACUUGCUGUGAUGAGGAUGGAAUAAGAUUGCAUAUUCAUAGUUUACCUUAUCAAGCUGGUCUUUUCAUUAUUAAUACUCAUACACUAAAGAUUCUUGGCUUCAAUAAAUCUAUUUCUAAGAAUAUGUUUGGUCGUCAUUUUUCUGAAUUAAUUAACCAUUCAAUUGUCAAAAUAUUACCAACGUUCCCUGAAAUGAUUAACUUUGUUUCACACCAUUAUCCAAUUCUAAAUGUCCACUCACCAGAAAAUAAAGGCUUGGUAUUUACUGAACAUUUCUUUAGAAAAAUUAAAGCUGAAAUUGAAAAUGAUCCAGAAGCUUUCUAUAUUUCUUCAGGUAUUGAUGCAAAACAUUCCGAUGGUUCUAUUAUUAAAGUAGAUUUACAAUUGCACGUAAUGAAUGAAAGUAAUAUUCUAUUAUGGAUAACUCAUUCAAGAGAUAUUAUCUUUAAGGACUACAAUACGACUCCUUCUCAACUAGAAAUACUGGAUGAGAAUGAACUAACCAAAGUGAGUACUUCAAAUACUUCAGCAUCCUCUUCGCUACAUUUAAAAAUUGAUGACGCAUUGAAGGAUAAUGAGAAGACUUUGAGAGAUUCCAAGUUAAUUUCGGAAUUAAGAAGUAAAAAGAAUACAGAAAGGUCGGUUGUAACCGUGGAUAGCGCUGCUACUGAAAUUCCAGAUGAGAAUGAUAAUGCUGAUAAAGCUAUUAAUUUUGAUGAAAUUAUCGAGCCAGCAUUACAGAAAAGAUUGCAACUUGCUAAAUUAUAUAGCAGUGAUAAAUCAAGAUUUACUGAUAGUUCCAAUUUUAGAAUGGAUGGAGAUUUAAUUAAAAAGAUUAUUCUAAGUCCAACUGCGAAUGUUUCCACCGACUCGUUGACUGCUGACGGUUCUGUUGCAUCAAAUACUAAAUCAGCAUCAGCUCUAUCAGUUGCUGGCUCAUUCAUGAAUUCUGAGACUUCUUUAACAAGCUUGCCUGUCACUGAUGAGCAAAUUGGAUCCCAAAAGCAUUCUAAAAAAUUUACCCACUUUUUAGUACUUCAAAAAAUGGGUGAGGGUGCAUAUAGUAAAGUUAAUAUGUGCUACCAUAAAACUAAAAAAUAUGUUGUUGUCAUUAAAAUGAUUUAUAAAGAUAGAAUUUUGGUAGAUUCAUGGGUAAGGGAUCGCAAGCUAGGUACUAUUCCAUCAGAAAUCCAAAUAAUGUAUACUCUGAAUAGAAAACCACACGAUAACAUUCUAAGAAUGAUUGAUUUCUUCGAAGAUGACCAAUAUUAUUAUCUAGAAACACCAGUUCAUGGUGAAUCUGGUUGCAUUGAUUUAUUCGACUUGAUUGAGUUCCGUACAGAUAUGACGGAAGACGAAGCCAAAUUAAUUUUUAAACAAGUUGCUUCUGGUCUACAACAUUUACAUAGCUUAGGUAUUGUUCAUCGUGACAUUAAGGAUGAAAAUGUCAUCAUUGAUUCCAAAGGUUAUGUCAAAAUUAUUGAUUUUGGUUCUGCAGCAUAUGUUAAAAACGGACCAUUUGAUGUAUUUGUUGGUACUAUAGAUUAUGCUGCCCCUGAAGUUUUAGCGGGCAAUCCAUAUGAAGGUAAGCCACAAGAUAUUUGGGCGCUUGGUAUUUUAUUAUACACCAUCAUUUUUAAGGAAAAUCCAUUUUAUAAUAUUGAUGAAAUUAUUGAAGGUAAUGUUAAUUUUGACAAUGAAGCAUCUGUGAAUCCCGUUUGUGUUCAAUUAAUUAAAAAAAUGUUAAUCAAGACUGUUCCAAAAAGACCUGAUAUAAAUGAAGUUUUCAGUGAUCCUUGGUUACAGAUUGAGUAG